AUGCCGCCGCCAGUCAACUGGGACAUCUCGGGAACACCGACAGAAAGGGCCAUGUUCCAUCAUGUACGCAAGUGCACAGUUGCGGGCUUCGGGACUAUCGCGUUCCUGGAGAACCUGUGGAGCAGUUACAUUAUCCCUCUAGGAUACUAUUCCGACUCAGUUAAGCACGCCCUGAUAGCUUUGGGAUGCGCACACCGAGGCUUCAUAGGCGACUACACAGGAGAUCACCAGGUUGCGGAUGCACAAACAUACAACAUGAUGGCAUCUCAACAAUUUUCCAAAGCCAUGAACUUCACGGCCCUAGAUAUGGAAAAGCUUUCGCCUACCACUCUCAGGACCUCGCUCGUUUCUUGUUUGAUUUUCAUUUGCCUGGAAAUCAUGCAAGGACGCUACGACAAAGCUCUUCAACACCUUAGGUCCGGCUCGAGUAUCAUGGUCGCUCUCUCAAAAGCAGCAACCGAUGCUCAGGCAGGAAUACCUCUUUCAGCGCACCAAAAGUGUAUGGCCGAGACAGUCAAGAACUAUUAUGAUCAGUUAUGCGAUCUUGCCGACAUGUUCACUUGCUUGGGAUGCGAUGCUGCCUACUUACUGGAAGAAGGGGAAUUCAUUCCGGACCUAUCUUACUUCUUCCGGGCGAAUAGCAACACAGAUGCUUCCAAGCCAUACUCCUCCGCCACCGAGGCUCGGUACGAUCUCCACCUUGUAGAUCAGGCCUUCGGUAAAGCCUUACGCUACAAUGUUCGGGGCAGCAUACCGAUCUCUUGGACGUCGUUUUUGAAUUUGCCAGAGGGCAUGUCACCACUAAGAGAUGAUGAGCAGUGGGCCGAGGAAUGGCUUCACGCUCGCUAUCUCUUCGAUGUCUUCAGUGCUCGGCUUGAGACUUACAUUAAGAAUCUCAAGUCAAGUCCAUCAGCGACCAAGCAAGAGUUAUGGGAGGCGCGGCUAAUGGCAGUUAUGCAAAAGGACUGGGCGGUAAUUAUUAAAUGCCUAGAGGCUCCGGGCUCACAACCUCCGGAUCGGCAAUAUUUCCAGGAUCUUCUGGAAGAUGCCGAAUCGCUCGUGUAUGCUGAGGCUGAGCCGAUGCAGUAUCCAGUCUUCACCCUGGCUGCUGAUGUGAUCCCGCGGAUGAGCCUCAUUGCCGGUUUCUCUGGUGAGCUGGAUCUUCAGCAAAGGGCCAUUUCGCUUCUCUAUGCCAUGCGGAGGAAAGAAGGCAUGUGGGAUAGUCGGGAGAUUGCGAGUGUGCUGGAGUCUAUCCUCCUUGCCAGGGAAUGCAGCAUCUGGGAUCCGGAGUAUGAGAGGAUUUCUCUUCCGCGACUAGCGGGAAUGCUGUUAUCGCUGAAGCUCUAUGAUGGUGGCAGCACGUUACCUCUGGCUACGCUUGUAGACAAAACUUCUAAUUGA